UCUGAAGGAACAUGUACUGGUGCACAAUAUUCAGAUCCUUAUGGAACAUGGCAAAAUGUAAUAGUACAAGGGACAAUAACUAUAACUUUACAAUCUUAUCACGCACCAAUUGCUCUUGAAACUAAUCAAAUUCACUUAAAAUCUGGAACAAUUUGUCAAUACACUGAUAGCAAUUGUCUAGAUAUUGAAGGAAAAAGCACUUAUUGGGAAACUAUACCAAAUGAUCAUUGUAAAUUUAACUAUUAUGAUGUAUUAUUCGAGGGAUAUGCAGAUAAAAUAACGGAUACCGUAAAUGAAAAAUUAAUAAUUGUAUAUUCAUUAUCAACAGAACAUAUAACUUUUGCUCCCACUAAAACAGGAGAGGAAUUUCUUUGCGGAUAUUCCCUAAUCAAGACAGAACAUCCUAAACUAUUAAUACUAGAAACAAAAAGAGGAGAAUCAUUUACACAACGAAACAAAAAACAAUUGAAAACAUAGACAUAUUUGCUUACAUCAAUUCAAAAUUCAUUUAUGUGGAAAAACACAUUCGAACACAAAUCAAAUACUUAUACAGAGAUGUAAUUCAACAACGAUGCAGUCUUGAACAACAAGUUAUUAAAAAUGCACUAAGCAUCGCAGUACAUUCACCAGAUGAAUUUGCUUAUCAGUUCAUGAAAGGACCAGGAUAUAUGGCAACAAUUUCUGGAGAAGUCGUAUAUAUAAUUAAAUGUACUCCAGUGGAAGUAACAAUACGACAUAUUGAAGAAUGUUACAAUCAAUUACCUGUAUACAAAGGAAAUGAAACUUACUUUUUGGCUCCACGAACACAUGUUUUACUAAAAACAGGAACACAAAUAACAUGCAACAAAAUAAUACCAACUAUGUAUUAUCUAAAAGAUACAUGGUACAAAAUUUCUCCGACACCGGAAUUAGGAAUACCACCAAUGAAGAUUAAGCCAAUGACCAAGCCAACAUGGGAAUAUAAAAAUCCUGGCUCUUUGGCAACAAGCGGGAUUUAUAAUAAUAAAGAUUUAGAAAAUUUAAGAGAACACAUUAUGUUCCCAGCUGAGAAAAAUGGAAUACUAAAUACCAUGGCACGAGGAGUUAAAGGCAGUCCAACUGAGCAACAAGGAAUAUCCCUUUCACAUCUUCUGGAUGAGUCAUCUAUAGAAAAAAUUGUCAAAAAUACAUGGAAGAAAAUUUUGGGAACAUUCAUAAUCUUUGGAAAUGCCAGUGCAGGAUUAAUUGGAAUAUAUUUCUGCAUAAGAACAAUUAAAUUAGUCAUUGAUACUAUAAUUCAUGGAUACGCUAUUCAUUCAAUUUAUGGCUGGUCAAUACAUUUAAUAGGAGCACUUUGGGACUCAGUAACAAAUUUACUGGUACAUCUUGGAAAAGGAGCAACACCAAAGGAAGAAAGAAGAAAUGAAGAAAAUCCUGGACCAAGUACUGCACCAGCACAUACAACAAUACAUGAAGAAAUACUAACUACACAACAAACUGAAAACACAACACAAAACAAUACAAACACUAACAUAAUUUCAGAUAUACAACCCAAUACCCGCAACGAAGAAUCAACCUUUUACCCAAGAUUAUUAUAAUAUCUCCGUUAUUAUUAUAAUAUGAUCCGUUAUUUUAUAUAACGGAUUAUAAAUCCGUAUUUUUAUUUUGU